AUGCGUAAACCGCUCCUCGUAACAACCGUCCCGAUCCCAAUCGACGAUCUCAAACUUGGCAGUCUGAUCAUCGACCGCUCCCACCCGACGCAAAACGUUUACGCCCCAAUCGACAUCCAACUACAAGAUGCACCGACUGAAACAGUCCUCAAGGGGACCCAGAAGAACUAUAAGACCCUUGUGCGCACGUACAGUCGGACCGCUCUGCGGCCGCAUCUGAGCGUGCUGGGCUGGGAUUUUACCCGCGAGCAUCCCGACGUGGCGGUGCAAAUUGAGGCGUUGGAGGGGUUUACGUAUGAGCUGCGGAAUCCGCUGCAAUGGUUCAAUGCGUUGAUCGAGCAACCUGGUUCGCGCGAGUGGCUGCAAACCAUGAACCGGCGUGCUGCGGAUAUUUUCCUGGUUACGGGGUGUCGGUCGUUCCGAGAUGCGAAGGUGACGUUGAACAGGAAGCACCAAAAGACUAAUGGUAUCAAUGUCAUGGUCGACAUUGGCAUGGUCGCUUCCGCUGCUGCUGGUGCUCCGCUGCCCGUCCCUACCGGCCAGGAGAUCGGGAUCCAGGCGGAGCAGAAGACACUUCACCAACAGAACGAGCAAUAUGUGGCACCUGGCGAACAAGUAUUUGCAAUCCAAUAUAAGAAACUCAAAUUCAAAACCUUCCCUCGGGAUGGUGUCCGGCAAGCAUCCGUGGGCUUGUCGACGCUCUGGGAGGAUGUCCUCGUGCAUCAUGGGGAAGCAGCGCCAGCCAACUUGAUCGCCGUGCAACUGGAUGAUGCGGUGCAGGUGGGCAGACCGACGACCAGGGUGUCCGAUGAGGGGGAAGAGGAUAUAUAUUUUGUCGUCGAUGGAGACCACUAA